AUUAAUAUUCACACACUAUUAAUAAAUUUAAAAUAAAACAAAGAAAAUUUCCACAGAAGUAACGAGAACUCUUUGAGCUGCUUUUAAAGAGACAGCAAGGAGACAACUGUCUUCUUACUUGUAUGAAGCACCUUGAAGAACUGAAGCUCCUGGUGAAGUAAGCCCAACUUAUAUGUUUAAAAUUUUUGGUACUGGAUGGGGAGUUUUCAGUAUUUGCACUAAAACCAGGGAAAUGCAGGUCUUUCAGUUUUGCAGUUUACAGCAGGAGUGUGCUAUUGAGACUUUUCGAAAUCUCUGUGACUAAUUUCUUGGGGCCACUAGUGGUAUUAAAAGAACACGAUUCCUGACUUUUGUUUAUUGAAGAAAAUUUAAUUUUAGAAUAAAAUAUUAUUUAACAUUAUGGAUAGAAUUUAACAUUUGCACAAAAUGAAUCUUACUAGCAAAGUAAACGAGAUAAAUUAUAUGGAUUGUAUACUAGGUUUUAAUGAGGGUUCAAAAUUUCUCCCAUUUUCAUUUACUCUUGUGCUAAUAAAAGAAGCCAUAAAGCUCGUGUCAAGGAAGACUCCGUUCUGACCUGAUAUAAAGAGAAAUUUCUGACCUGCAAACUUAACUAUUAUUAAGGAUUUAGGACAUAAAUUAGUGAAGCUUACAAUGUAUUGACUUUAUGGCGAAACAAAGAAUACAAUGGUGUAAAACCUUGGAACUUGCAUUAGCAAAAGGGUCAAAAUGACACAAUAGCUUUUCAUAGUUUGAAAUCUCAUAGAAUUGAGGUAUAAUUAUUAUACUUGGCCAUAUACAAGUAGUUAACAAACCGUAAAAAUAGAAAAUAAAUGGUAUUUAACAUUAAAUUUUACUGCAAAAAGAAUUGGUGAGUAGUAACGAAAGAAAGAAUGAAUUAAUAUUUUCAUUAUUAUUUAUCAAUUUCAUUAGAUUCAGAUAAAAUGUACUGCAGUAACGGAGAAAAUUUAGAAUGCUCCUUCUUUUAAAUUUUUGAGUAUUUUAAAAAGAAAUUUUUAUUCGCGCUCAAAGCACAUAAAUAGACAUAUUCGCAUAGAGAGCGCGCGAAUCGGAUAAAACACUAUCGCUGAUGCAAACAUGAAACCUGUGAAUAAGGAAGAAUUCACAUGUAAAGACAACCGGAGACAAGGGUUGCUCUGAUCGCGUGUUGAUUUGAGACCUGUUCGACGUAUUUUCAGUUCUAUUAUACAUCGUAACAUAAAUACAACUCACGUGCAUUGGUGCAUUUCUUAUUAAUUUUGUGAGCUAUUAUAACAAUCCGUUGGUGUUAAAUUCGUUGAUAGAAUUGAUAUAUUUUUUCAAGUUGAUUAAGUCUGUAAGGAGGUUCAAUACAGACCGUGUCUCAAUCGUAUGAUCACGGGGCGAGGGUCUGGCAAACGGAACGGCGAGAGUAAAACUAAAAAAUAUUACAAAUCGUCCGUCAUGUCGAUUAUGCGGCGAAAACAAUCUCGAGAUAUGAUGAAAAUGAUGUGGAGUUGUGUACUGAGUAAAAUUCGUCAGUAAAGUAAACAAGUCGCCGAUGAGUUCAGAUUUAUGGCGGCGCGAGUGUUUUUGCUCGGCAUCUUGUUUACGGAAGUGCUUGAGCCUAUUUGCUGCACUGCAGGUGGUAGAGGAAUUGUUAAUAAUUUGAACAACAAAAAUGGAUCUAAAAAAGACGGGUUAAUGUUGAAUUUGAGUAAAAAUUCAAUUCAAAGUUUACAAAUAGAACCUGGAGGAUAUGCUGUACUUGGAAAUCGGGGUAUUACUCUUAAAUGUCUGACUAAUAAUAUUCACAAUGUCACGUGGCUUUAUAAUAAUCAACCGGCACCACCAUGUGGAAUUACACGAUGUAAUCGUCUUGACGAUGAUUCGAUUCAUCUUUAUAAGAUACCAAGUAUAAAAUCGGCCUUGAAAAUUAAUAAAUGGAAUCAAACGAAUUUUGAUCAAUUGGAGAAACAUGAAUAUCGUUGCAUUGGACAAACUUCUUCCGGUGGAUAUUUACGAUCGGCACCGACUUAUAUUCAAAUUGCAGAACUUGCACAUGUCUUUAAACGUCCACCAAUUGAUGUCAUUGUACAUGAAGGCGAUAUUGCUAGAUUAUUUUGUCUUAUUGAUAGCGUACCAUUCCCAUCAAAUAUUAAAUGGCAUCAUAAUGGAAAACCUAUAUACUCUGAUCGUAAUAAUACAAAAUAUUUUAUGGUACCACCAGGUGUUCUUUAUAUAACUGCAACAAAACAGUCUGACGCUGGUUUAUAUAGGUGUAUAGCUACUAAUAGUUUUAUAAAAAAAACCAAAAAAAGUAAAGAAGCAAAACUCACUGUUACUUCAAGACUAACAGGCAAUGAGACUAAAAUUAUUGCCUCAUUACUCCCUCAGGUAUCUUAUAAUUAUACUUUAAUCAAAGGAUCGAAUCUCACUCUCGUGUGUGCAGUAUCUGGUUAUCCAUUAUCAAUUAUUAAGUGGUUAUUUAUUUCUCAGCAUAAUAAUAAAGUUAGUUCAGCACAACCGCGAAUUCUUCUUAAUUCCACUACUGGUAUCAGUAUACUUACAUUAAAAAAUGUCAGCAUUUUUCAAGCUGGCAUUUAUCUGUGUUCAACAGAAAACGCUGUGAAUGGUGCUAUGGAAAUUCAAAAUAUUACUGUCAAUGUAAUUAUUCCUCCAAUAUUUAUCAAAAAGCCUAUAGAUCAAAAUUGCCCGAAUGGGAGAACUGCAAGAUUUGAAUGUCAAGCUCAAGGAAUUCCCAAUCCAAAAAUUUAUUGGCUAAAAGAUGCUAAAAACAUUACCAUUAAUGGACGGAGAACAGUUUAUUAUAAAGAAAAUAACAAAGUAGAACUAGCGAUUGCGGCUACCGUGCCAUCAGAUUCAGGCGACUAUCAGUGUGUUGCAAUUAAUCCUGCGGGCGAAAUUUGGUCAGCCGCACGACUCCAAAUUAAUGCAUCAAAAAAUAGUCCACCAGUACCAACAUCAUUACGAUGUUAUGCUUCUUCACCCCUAAAAAUUUCCAUUUCUUGGUUGCCACCAAAAUCUAUGACACCUGGAAGUAUUAAAGCCUAUACCGUCCAUUAUAGUCCAGCAGAGGGUGGUAAAGAGGAGGUCUCACCAGAGCCAGGUAAUUCUACGACCGUUGAAGUAACGAAACUUCUUGAGCCUUAUACAAAUUAUUCUUUUUACGUACGUGUAUGGAGUAGUCAUGGAGCUAGCGAUCAAUCAGCAACGAUAGUAUGUGCAACAGCACCGAGUGUUCCAAAGACAGCACCAAAAGUUUACAUUGACGUUUUAAGUAGUACAAAAAUAAACAUUACAUGGCAACCUUUAACAAAAAAGGAAGCUAGAGGUGUUGUCGUUGAAUACAAAAUUCAAUGGAGGCUUCAUGAUCAUCCAUCAUCUCGAGUAGUUUUCGUUCCAGCAAAUGUUGAACAUCAUGUGUUAGAAGAUUUACUGCCGGGUGCCCAAUAUGAUUUACGAGUUCUAGCAAGGACAGAGCAAGGAUGGCCGAAUAUAACUGAAGGAUAUUUUGGAUGGACUACCGUAGUUAUGCCAACUAACGAUUCAAUAAAUUAUAAUAUUAGGAAUAGUUUGGAUAUUGAGGUCAUCAAUAUAAAUGCAUCUCACUUAAAGAUAAAAUGGAAAAUCAAAGAAAAUGAAAAUCAUGAAAUAUUUAAAUUCGAUUCUUGGCAAAUUUACUGUGAAAAUUUAAACGGUAAUAAAUUAUUUACCGUUUUACUAGACAAAAAUUCGACAGAAUAUUUAUUUUCCAAUCUUGAACCGAAUAUUUCGUAUACUGUUGGCUUAUGUAUUGUCAUAAAUGGUAUAUCAAGUGAUUGUAUUUUAAAAAUCGUAAAAUCAAAUCAUUACAAAUCAACAAAUAACAUUCCCAUGACUUUAGAAGCCAUUCCAUUGUCAUCAACAUCAAUUCAAAUAACUUGGGAAACGAUUAAUAAAACUAAUUUUGAUGUAUUUCAAAUAUGUUACCAACCAGUUCAUUAUGUGAAUAAUAACGCUUCUACGUGUUUUUAUACAAAUGAUACCAAAAUAAUUAUUGGUAAUUUGAAAGCUUUCACUUUGUACCGUUUUAAAAUAAAAUUAUUUAAAAACAGUACUGAUGUAAAUAAUGAAGCUUAUGAAAGCAUUGAAUGUUACACAAGUGAAGAUGUGCCAGGACAACCAGAAGAAGUUGAAGGUUUUCAAGACGGUUCAAAAAUACGGGUAGUGUGGAAAAAACCCAGUAUAGUUAAUGGUGUAAUAAUUACAUAUUUGGUAUCUUAUCAUUCUUCCGAUUUUAUGGAAUCAACUGUGACCUGGAAUAAUGUGACAGUACCAGGAAAUAAAACUUUUGCUGUUUUACCUGAAUUACCAGUGGGUAGACGAUAUUAUAUUAAAGUAUAUGCAGCAACAAGAGUUGGCUACGGACAACCCUCUGAUCCAAUUGUGGUUUUUACAAAAAUUAAUUUAUCAAAAUCAUCUACAUCAUCCGAUAAACAAGAUCCACCGAUCAAACCAAAACCAGAUCAGAGUCUUGGUAUAAUUUUGGGAGUUGGGAUAAGUAUUGGCUUUAUAACCAUUAGCUUAUGUACUAUAUACUGUCGCAAGAAAUGGGAGCAUUUUAGAUCAUUAGGAGAAAGUGCACAACCAUUUAAAAUGCAUAUAUUUUCAAGACAAAACAAUACCUGUUUUGGUUAUGAAUCUUCUACAUCAGCAAGUCAGCAAAUCAAUAAUCCAAUAAGUUGUAAUGAAAUUGAAUUGGCUGUGUUGUGUCCUUCAUCGCCGACAUCAACAAAUCCAACGUCCGAUAGUAAAGGUGCGCUUUUUAAUGGUAUUGAAUCCGGUGCUAAACAACCACUUUUAACAUUUUCAAAUUCAAAUGUUAAACAUAAAGACCAAAAAAUGACGAAAAACAUUCAGUAUAAAAAACAAGAUGAUUCUAUUUUAAAGAAGCAAUUAAAAUUAGAAACUGAUUUAAAUAAUACGAAUUCAACAUUGAUAAAUUGUACGUCAGUGCAAAGUACCAGCAGUUUGAAUAACAAUUUAGACUGUUCGUCUACACCAAUAAUAAGUUUACCAACAAUACUUCCUGUUACAGAAAUAAAUGGUUAACAUUAAUGUGCAGCUCAAUCAAUUUAAAAAAAAGUAUUUAAGGAAACACGGUAUGUGAAAAAUUAUUUUAUUUUAAUUGAUUUUUUAAUUACUUCAAAAAUGAAUUAUUUGAAACAGAAAA